GUAGCUGCUGCUUUUGUAAUAGCUAAUGGGGAUCCUAAUAAAAUACCAAAUACCUUCCCUCUCUCUUAUCACUCCUCUCUCUGUCAGGUAUGUGAACUGUGCCCGUAGUGAAGAAGAGCAGAAUCUGUUGGCCUUCCAGUACAGAGGAGGGAUUCUUUACCGUUGCUGUAGGCCUAUAGCUGUUGGAGAGGAGCUGUUGGUGUGGUACGGAGAGGAAUACGCCAGAGACCUGGGCAUCGUCUUCGACUUCCUCUGGGACAAAAAGAGCUCAGCUAGAGGUGUGAAUGAGUCGUCUCAGAUCUUUUCCUGCUCUGGUUGUCCGUUCUCCUUCACGGCUCAGAUCUACCUCUACAAGCACAUAAAGAGAUGCCACAGGGAAGAGUACGUCAGGCUGCCUAGGAGUGGGGGGAUUAGAUCAGAGACACUAGCACCACCCAGUGGCUCUCAGCGGUGUUCAACAACUUCAGAUCGCACCCCCAUCACACUCCCCACCCAGAAACACAGAGACACAGGGAAGCCAAGACCUCACCACUGCUCUCAGUGUGGGAAGAGUUUCCAUCGAUCAGGAGACUUAAAGGUGCACCAACGUACUCACACAGGAGAGAGGCCAUAUCACUGUUUCCAGUGUGGGAAGAGGUUCAAUGUGUCAGGAAAUUUAAAGGCACACCAGCUUGUUCACACAGGAGAGAGGCCGUAUCACUGCUCUCAGUGUGGGAAGAGUUUCCAUCGAUCAGGAGACUUAAAGGUGCACCAACGUACUCACACAGGAGAGAGGCCAUAUCACUGUUUCCAGUGUGGGAAGAGGUUCAAUGUGUCAGGACAUUUAAAGAAACACCAGCGUAUUCACACAGGAGAGAGGCCGUAUCACUGCUCUCAGUGUGGGAAGAGUUUCAGUGAGUCAGGGAGUGUUAAGAGACACCAGCGUGUUCAGUGUGGGAAGAGUUUCAGUGAGGAAGCUUAAAAAGCGUACUCACACCUGACUCUGAGUCACUAGCAUCAACUGAUUUACCGGUGGCAUUCCAAAACUCUAAAUGCCGCAAAUAGUUUGUUUGCCGGAAUAAAAAUCCAGUGGAACUGUGUACACCA